GCUCUUCAAAGUUGCCAGUAGCACUGAUCCUGCCUUUUUGUUUCUCAAACCUACCCGCUUCAUUGGGCUUUGAGUCAUGAAACUCCUGGGCAUUAGUUUCGCAGAGUUUCAAUCAUGCCCCUUGCUUCUUUGUAUUGCUCUUGCACUAUGCCUUAACCAAGUCUCCUCCAACACCAAUGAAACAGACAGACUUGCGCUUCUCACAUUUAAGGCCAGCAUAAACGAAGAUCCCUUCGGCGUGCUCAACUCAUGGAACGAUAGCAUUGGGUUUUGCCAGUGGUAUGGCAUUAUAUGCAGCCGGAGGCACAAGAGGGUCACGGUCCUCAACUUGCAAUCACAAGGACUCUUCGGAUCGAUCUCUCCUCAUGUCGGAAACCUCAGCUUCUUAAGGGAAAUGUCCCUCCAAAACAAUAGUUUCAACCAAGAAAUCCCUCCACAGAUCAGCCACUUGCGACGCUUGCGUAUCCUAAGAUUGCACAACAAUUCAUUGGUCGGCGAAAUUCCCAAAAACAUAUCGGGUUGCUCUAACCUUGUCAGCCUCGUCCUUCAAAUGAACCAACUAAUCGGAGAAAUUCCUGCAGAGCUUGGUUCAUUGCCGAAGCUACGACAGCUCGCUUUGUCUGGUAAUAAUCUGAGCGGGAAUGUGCCUUCCUCCUUUGGGAACUUAUCUUCACUGGAGGUCCUUUAUUUAGCCCAGAACAACUUGGGUGAGAGCAUUCCCCAAGUUCUAGGCCACCUGACAAACUUGCAAAUGAUUUCCUUAGGAGCAAACAGAUUGUCGGGUACAAUUCCAUCUUCCUUACUAAAUCUCUCUUCGCUAACUCUGUUUGAUGUUAGAGACAACCGGAUAGAGGGGACUCUUCCGGCAGACAUAGGCCUCAAACUCCCACAUCUUGAUAUUCUUAGUCUUAUCAGGAACCAACUUGAGGGGACGAUUCCUCCCUCGAUAUCGAAUUGCACAAAACUAACUACGCUUCAAAUUGGAAGUAACAAAUUUUCCGGGAAAGUACCAUCUUUGGAAAAUUUGUAUAAGCUUGGUUGGUUUAUAAUCUCUAAUAAUCAGCUUGGAAGCGGAAAACCUGAAGACUUGAGCUUCCUUUGCUCGUUGACUAACAGCACCAAAUUAGAGGAUGUGAAUUUCAGCUUGAACAAGUUUGGUGGGGUGUUACCUAAAUGCCUAGGUAAUUUAUCCACCACUCUCAAGGUAUUUUCUGCAACCAUGAUUCAAAUAUCUGGUGAGAUUCCAGAAGAAAUCGGGAAUUUUGUCAACUUGGAGGUAUUGUUUUUGAAUUGGAACCAACUUUCAGGUGUUGCCCCUUCAAAUUUGGGGAAUCUACAAAAGUUAGCGCUACUGGAAUUAGGUGAUAACAACUUGGGAGGGACUAUCCCAUCUUCUUUGGGAAAUCUAACAAAGUUGAUUCAACUAUAUCUUAAUGGGAACAACUUUCAUGGGCAAAUUCCUUCACAUCUAUCAAACUGCUGGUCUCUUAAUCUUCUUGAUCUAUCUAAUAACAAUCUUAGUGGUGCCAUACCCCCACAGCUUAUCGGUCUCGCAUCAUUAGACAUCAUUCUGGACUUGUCUCGUAACCAUCUUACUGGAGUUCUACCCACAGAAGUUGGCAACUUGAGAACUUUGACUGCAUUGGAUAUCUCUGACAAUUUGUUGGUAGGUGAAAUUCCAAGUAAUUUAGGUGAUUGCACUGCAUUGGUAUCACUGAGGAUGGGGGGCAACUUCUUUAAUGGGUCAAUUCCGCAAUCAAUCAGAUUGUUAGGAGGUAUUGAAGAACUAGAUCUGUCACGCAAUAAUUUGUCAGGUCAGAUUCCAGAAUUCUUAGCGGCAUUUCGUUCCUUAAAACUUCUGAAUUUGUCGUACAAUAAGUUUGAAGGCAAGCUACCACGUGAAGGAGUCUUUAAGAAUGCUACCGGUACUUCUAUUGUUGGAAACAACGAGCUUUGCGGCGGACUACCACAAUUUCACCUUCCCAAUUGCAUUUCCAAAAGCCACAAAAUCAAAAAGAUCAAUAUGGUGAUAAUUUUCACCUCUGUUUUUUCUGGAAUUCUUGGAAUGGCUCUUAUUGCAGCUUUUAUAUAUCUUUGUUGGGUGAAGAAGAAAGUAAAUGAACCGGUUUCAAGUUCAAUGGAUGAUUCACAUCUGAAUUUAUCUUAUGGGACACUCUUAAAAGCAACAAGAGGUUUUUCUUCGGCAAAUUUGAUUGGUGUUGGAAGCUUUGGUUCUGUUUAUAGGGGGAUACUCGAGGACAAUGAAAUGGUUGUUGCUGUGAAGGUGCUUCAUUUAGUCUGCCGUGGUGCUCUUAAGAGCUUUAUAGUUGAGUGCGAGGCAUUAAAGAACACCAAACAUCGAAAUCUUUUGAAGAUACUAACAGUUUGCUCUAGUAGUGAUCAUCAAGGAAAUGAUUUUAAGGCCUUAGUCUAUGAAUUCAUGGACAAUGGAAGCUUGGACCAGUGGCUACACUCGUAUGCAACAUCAUCUCAUGGGAAUGAGCUUCCGAAAAAGUUGAAUUUCAUUUGUAGGAUAAAUAUUGCUAUUGAUGUUGCUUCUGCACUAGAUUAUCUUCAUCACCAGUGCCACAUCCCGAUUGUUCAUUGUGAUCUAAAGCCAAGCAAUAUUCUCUUAGAUGCUGAGAUGGUCGCACAUGUUGGCGACUUUGGAUUGGCGAAAUUCCUUCUUAAAUCUUCCCUUGAUACUAUGAGCUCAAUGGGCCUUAGAGGGACAAUUGGUUAUGCUCCACCAGAAUAUGCAACGGGAUGUGAGACUUCAAGAGAAGGCGAUGUCUAUAGUUAUGGCAUUCUCUUACUUGAGAUAUUCACAGGAUUGAGUCCCAUUGAUGACACAUUCAAAGACAAUUUGACUCUUCAUAGUUUUGUCGCAGAAGCUUUGCCUGAACGAGUGCUAGAAAUCACGGACAGCUUUUUGCUUCAAGAAAGAGAGAGCCAUUUAGGCCCCUAUAGUCGUCGUCAUCGGCUUUCCGAAAGCGAUGACACAUUUCAAGAAUGUUUGGUUAUGGUGUAUAACAUUGGAGUUGCUUGUUCGUACCAAGUGCCAGGAAGACGGAUGAGCAUUGAUAGAGUUGCAAAUCAGCUGCACCGGAUUAGGGAGAAACUCUUUGCAUUGGGUUUACAUGGAUAAGUUGAACCACCGAUAGUUUAAUUAGCUAUCAUACAUGUAAUGUCUUUAUUAAUACCAUCGAUAUAGUAUUAUUAUCGAUAACUUAA